GCUCUAUAUAUAACCCGGUGGUUCGUCCAGAGUCUAGCUCCAUCCAUUAGCAUCCAUCUCCGGCUAGCAACACAAACGACCUUCUCUUUCUCCUCUUUCUUCAGGGUAGUCGGCCGGAGUCCGGGACGAAGCCGGCGGCGAAGACUCCAAAGAGGAUCAUCAUCAGUUCAUCGCACAAAUCGACCAGCCAUGUGUAACAACAGCGGCGGCCGCGGCGGGGCGAUGGCGGCUCGGAAGGGGCCGUGGACGGAGAACGAGGACGCCCAACUGGUCUCCGGCGCACCGGCAAGAGCUGCCGCCUCCGCUGGGUCAACUACCUCCACCCGGGCCUCAAGCGCGGACGCAUCACCGCCGACGAGGAGCGGCUCAUCCUCAGCCUCCACGCCGAGUGGGGCUCCCGGUGGUCCAGGAUCGCUAGGAAGCUCCCCGGCCGCACCGACAACGAGAUCAAGAACUACUGGAGGACGCACAUGAGGAAGAAGGCCCAGGAGGAGAAGAUGCUGGCCAAGAAGAAGGCCUCAUCCUCGCCCUCCUCCUCCUCCUCCUCGACCACGUCGCUGACCUGCUCGGCCUCCCCCACGGCCACGUCGUCCUCGGCGGCCACCACCGAGGCGCCCCAGGAGAGCACUACUACUAGCAUGGACGACGAGGCCGAGCAGGAGGCCACCACGUCGGCGAGCGAGGAGAAGAAGGCGGAGGUGGUGCAGUACUGCUCCGCCGUGGACAUGGACCAGCUCUGGAACGACAUCGCCGCGUCGGAGAGCUACCCGGAGAUGAUGAUGAGCUGGGGCGCAGCCGGCCACGUGGCCAUGCCCGCCCCCGCUGUGGAGCCCUCGUCGCCGGUGUGGGAGUUCUGCGAGGAUUACUCCCUGUGGAGGAUCGACGACCAAGAGUACUACAACAAGAUCGAUCAACACGCUCUGAAUUGAGAGGCUUUCGUUACGUUUCUCUUGUUGUUCUUGUUCUUCCUAGCUAGCUAGCUUAAUUGCAUGUAUUACUAUAUACUAAUUCAUGCAUGUAAUUAUAUGUAAAACUUGAGUUGUGAGAUUAUAUUGGUGACAGCUUUUUGCGCA